UUAAAACUACAAGGGACAGAGCACCAAUACCAAUUGAUAUGGACCUCACAUGACGGCAGACACUCAAACACUACAAUAGCCACAAUUACUUCCUCUACUUGUAGAUCUGUAUUGAACACAUUGGGUUUUUCAAAAGGCAGUGGAUAUAAUCUUUCCAUGAGGCCAAACUUUGGAAAUGCUGGAGAGUUUGUGUUCAUGCAAACCACACCAGCUCCAGUUAUUGUGGUGAGGUUUGAGGCGUUUGCUUUCAAAGGUAUUGUGUAUAUUUGUUUAGUGUCACUUCGUCAAUAUCAGAAUUAGAGUCAAACACAAGCAUGUUCCUUUUUUGUUUGAUAACACUAAAAACACGUACUGGAUAUUUAGUUUAGUUGUAAGCUGUCCAGCCUACAAGAAGGGACCACACUUCAGUGGGAAAGAGAUGGAGAUUCUACUUCUAACACCACGUUGUUUUACGACAACACAGUCCACAUGGUCAUCCAUAGUUAUCCUGAGUGGCGCAGUGGUCUAAGGCACUGCAUCGCAGUGCUAGCUGUGCCACUAGAGAUCCUGGUUCGAAUCCAGGCUCUGUCGCAGCCGGCUGUGACCAGGAGACUCACGGGCAGCGCACAGUUGUCCAGGUUAGGGGAGGGAAUGGCCGGCAGGGAUGUAGCUCAGUUGAUAGAGCAUGGCGUUUGCAAUGCCAAGGUUGUGGGUUCAAUUCCCAUGGGGGACCAGUAUGAAAAAAAAAAAAUAUAUAUAUAUAUGUAUUCACUAACUGUAAGUCGCUCUGGAUAAAGAGCGUCUGCUUAAUGACUAAAAUGUAAAUGUAUAGUGUAGAUCAGAGCAGUAAGGGAAGAUACAACUGCACUCUCAGACAGAAUGGAACAUGGUUAUAUGGAGUUUAUGACACCUUGAAUGUUCAGACAAGUAAGUUAGCUAGAUUUGUGGAUAGUAGUAGUAAUAGAUUAAUUAAUUAACAGUAACUGAAGAUUCACUCGUGUGUAGAUUAACUUGAUUGUUGUAGAUAUUCUUCUUCAUAGUAUUUUCCCACAAUGUACAUUUUUUCCAGGCACAUUAAACAAGCCAGUAACUUUGUUCCGAGAGAGCAGCAACAGCAGUGAGGUGAAGAUGAUGUUCAGGUCUUUAUCCUGGUACAGCAAAGCCUCCUGGACCAAGAGCACAUCUCCAGUGGAAGCACCUACUGCUCUGACUUCAGAUGAUAGACUAGAAAUUGACCGGUUCUCAUCUCCCACGUUCAACCAUAUAUAUUUCCCCCUGCGAGUUUCACCAGUGGCAUUUGAGGAUGGAGGAUUGUUCAGAUGUAAUUUUAAUAGCCAUCUUAUGUCUUAUGUUGAACUCACAACCAUUCAAGGUAACUUUUCUUUUGUCUUUUAACAAUGUUCAAUGAGGAGAGCAGACAUUCUCUGUUCACGUAGCCUAAUGUUGGUUCUCUGAUUGUCAACCACAAAAUAACAUGUUUAAUUAAUCAGUUGUAUACUAGGCCUACAUUAUUAUUACGGUAUACUGUUCUUUCAGAGGGGAAAGUUCUGUUAUGUUUUCUGUUCUCUGGCCCAGUCUCUGCAUCUGGAGGGCCCCCUGGUGGCCAGUCGGUGGUGCUGAAGUGUGAGGUGUCGGAGGUGAGCGGUGACCCUGUGACCCUGGCCUGGCUGAGGAUGGAGGGGAGGAGGGGACUGCUGGUCAAACAGGAUGUCCUGACAGAGAGUCACCCCAACAGGACGCUCAGUGUGACCCUGCCCAGCCUCCAUAGCGACCAGCUGUACUGGCAGUGUGGGGUGUUCAUAGAGGGCAUGCUCAGAGCGAGUGUUCCCCUCAGACUCCGUGGUGCUGGUGGAAGAUCAGGGUUACCAUCGCCUCUGAAAGGUUACUAAUGACGAUAGUCGAUUAUAGUAGGUCACAGUAGAUCACAUCCUCUGAAUGAAUUGAUUCAGUGAGACAUCAUGAUCAUCAUUAUAAACAACAUAAAACAAGUAACCAAAUCAAUGUCUCUACAUUGCCCUUUGCCCCCUACUAAACUGUGAUGCAUUUGGAGUCAUAGCAAAAGCAAUUACAGUGUUGUAAGUCCUCAGAUGUCUCAUUUUUAGCAUGUUCUCUUUCAUACUUGGUUUCCAACAGACUACACUCAGCAGACUUUGAUCAUUGCGACCUGUACUGCUCUGGUUGUUGCUGGGAUCCUGAUUGGUUCUCUGGUGUUCUACCUGAAGAGGAAGAAGACAGACCCAGGUAAAGUCCCUGAUAAGGACUAGAACUACAGUAACAGGGCUGUCUCUGCUCCUGAUCGAACUUGUCGGGUUGCUAUAUUUUAGGCCCAUGCAAAACAUUUGUGUACACAUUUAUUUUUCUAUGAUCUCUUUUUUCAAAGCUGUGACAUCCCUAUCACUCACCCAGAAGAAUGACCCAGUCUAUGGUAACAUAACUGAUCCACAAGGAGACCAAGAUAUACUCUUCACUUUGGAAGUGAUAUGAUGUACAAUUCAUGAGAUAAAUGGUAUAACAGAUGUAUGAGAGAGAGGCCUAUAUGUAUAUAGGUGAUUCACAUUUUGGCAUUUAGUAUUUUUCACUAAAAGAGAGUACCCGAACCCACCCCGUGCUGGCCAUAUCAAUUCCCACUCGACCCACCCAAAACCUGACAUCAGGACUGUCUCAAGUGAUAUUUUAUUUUUACCUUGAAGGUACGCCAGACUUACCACUGACUGGGAGGAAAGAUGAUCCAGAGAGAGACAAACGUAGCUUCAGUGCAGUAUAUGUGCACACAAAACACUAAACACAAUUUCAAGGGCUGCAGUUACACUGACAUGUUAGUCUGCAACUCUCUUUUUUUAUCUUCUCUGUUUUUAUCUUCUCUGUUUUAAAGAGACCAAGUCAUACCUGAGCUGAUCUAUGUAAACACCCCUCACUUUAACACCUAUGAAAACAGCCACUGAGAAGACAUCAUGAGAGUGGGUGGCCAUUCAUCAUCACACACUUUUAAAUAACAUUACAAUUUCAACAAAACAAAAUUAAAAGCUGUAAAAUAAUUAUACUAUGCAGUCAUGACAGUGUUAUGACCAUAUGACAGGUUAUGACAAAUUGUCAGCUGUUGUUACAUAUUAUGACAUGGUUAUGACUGUGUCAUAACGUGUUAUGACCCUGGGUGUCAAGUAAAAUGUUACCCAGUCUUGUUAUGCUUUUACAGAUAAGGAACCAGGGAGGGGAGCUGUUGAGCUACAGAUGUCCGUAGCUGAUGCUUGAGGACAACUCCAGGGGUAGCAGAGAAAGCAUACAGGCCUAUACUAUCCGAAGCUUUCAGCAUUUGAUUGUCCAUAAAAUACAUUUAAGCAAUGUAUGUAUUAUUAUGUUUAUCAUGCUAAAACUAUUUCAUACAAUCAUUUUUCAUUCUAAACUUUCAGGAAUCCAACCAAACGGUAUCAAAACCCAUGCAAUUGGAGCCAUGUCUCUAGCUUAUUUUUAUUUAAAGAUGGAAUCCGCAUUAGGGGAAACGGCGCCACUGUUCGACCCCCCCCCAGCACAUUUCUUAUUGUUUUGUUUUGUUGUUGAGAACGGAGGAGAGGAGCGUUUGUCAGUGUGGUAAAAAAAAUGGCUGUGUAUAUUCUGCUGUCCUAUCACGCCUGCAAUGAUGUCAGAGGGAAAAAACGAUGUUCGUUGUUUGCAGUAACUUCUUUGUAAUAUCCUAAACGAACAUGGCAGUUUCACCAAUGAAGGAUUUCAGCUUUAAAGCUAAAGACUUUCACAAAAUUCAAUGAUGAAAGUUAUAACGGGUGUAACCCCAUUAUAACAUCAUGUACUUUACUUACUGUAACAUAUGUUUUUAAUGAAAUACUGUAGGACCAGUGAUGUAACUAACAAACUGCUUCCUGUAGCACCAGUUUAGAUCAUGUUAAGUCACAUUUUUCAUAGUCUGAGUUGAUUCUAUUUCAAUUCCAGUUCAAUUUGUACAUUUUUACCGUGGUGUGUUUUUCUUACAGUAUUACUAAUGCUAUUGACAAUAAAAGCACAUACUUUAGAAUAUUCUGGGUUAAUUUCAUUACUGUAACUAUUAGACAUUGCCUGCCUCGGUCAUCCAACCGCAGCAUUAAAUGAUCAAAAUGGGGAACACAUAUGCUGAUGGUUGAACUCACCUGAGAAAACCUUCACGUUAGCAGAUCAAGAGAACAAGUUGCUACAAUGAGGAAUGCAAUAUUCAGAUGAGAGGAAAUUGUGAAAGCUGCUGUUUAAACAAAGUCUUGGAGUUGUGCCUCAGAUAUGGGUUGAAUCAGAGUUUAACCAUGUCAGGUCAGGGUAUGGACCACAUUAUUUUGCUGCUCUGACAAUCUUGUUGAAAACUUGACAUGCCGAAUAUUUCAUUCGAAACCCAAAUAUUUGCGACAAGCAACUGAAAUGUGUUUUUACAGGACUACAUGCUGUACAAUAUGGACAAUAGCUUAUAUUACUAUCAAAGGGAACCUGGUAUACCAAUUAGAAAAUAUAUUUAAAAACAUUCUCUAUUUUGAAUCGGUUACCCUUGAUUCAGAAAGUAAAAAAUAGGCUUUAAACCAGAUGCCCAAUAUGUCAUCUCUGCAUGUUUUAAACACUUACAGGUUGAAUUAAAAGUGUUAUUUGACCAGAUCUGUGUCUUCUUGUCCACACACAGUGAUGAAAAGGAGCAUGUUCUUCAUCUCUGUGACAGAGUGUGAAUCUGUCUGUGUCACACCUUGAUCAAUAGUCAGUGUCAGAUCUGGCUCAACCUCACUGGUCAGAGUUCAGCUGGGAGUAGACAUCACAUGAUGGGAGAGACUCAUAGCUUAUAGCCAGAGGUAUAUCCUCCAGUCUAGUGGUCAGUCCACUCUUCAGUGACUACUUCUCCCACAGCAAAGACUAUGACAUCACAGUGAAGCCAAAGUUUGAAUGUGCAGGGCUGUUUUUUGUUGUUGCAAGAACUCAACCAGAGUGUGUCUCACUGUCUUUGCUACAAAAAGUAAUUCAAUUCUUGUCUGUUUUGUACAGACAAUCCAUUGUGAAUUUUCCAAUAUGACAAAAUAGUUUCCGGUGAUGAAAUAGUUUUGAAAGCCAGCUUCUGCAAUUACCCUAUUUUCUUCACUUCCUUUGUUCAUUUAUAGUUAAUAUGUAACCAUAUGUAACCAUUUUUAAAUGACAUAUUUUUUGUUGCACCUUUCUUUUGGCCUUCAUUUUGUCUGGGUUCUGAUGUGAUUUGUGAGGUGUCCAGCCUACCAGAAGGGACCACACUUUAGUGGGAAAGAGAUGGAGAUCCCACGUC